AGCAGUCAGCCGCCACACCUCCGGCCAGCCAGCCAGCCUCUGUUCAGCAUCGUUGCUCAACAGCACUAGUCGCAGCAAUCUUGGCAAUAUCUACGAAUCCUUUUGCACGUUGCCGUGUUGCUGACUCAGGGCGGGGUGUCCGUGGCUCGUUCUCGUAAGGCCUAUUCAGCUGGAUCUUACAUGCCUCAACACCCUCGCCCAUGUGAAUCGCAGGUGAGCUAGGUGCCAUCAUGUGUCAAAACAUCUGUCUGUCUGGUGAAGUACAAGAGCAUGGUGGACAGCCCAGCAAAAGAAGCAGCAGAGAGCAAAGUGCAGGAAAACAGAGCCCAGCCUUACUCCUCUUCUUCCGUCCACCUUGUAGGGCAUCACCAUGUCUGCUCCAGACCACAUCGCCAUCUCCCUGGCAUCGCUUCCCGAGAGGGACACGAUGUUCACCCUGACAACACGCUCCAUUACCUUCCUCUCGAUCAACAACCCACAAGUCCGCCUCAAGGCCAUCGAGGCAAUCUUCGCCCCCGACGCUGUCUGGUUUGACUCGGAUGGCAGUGCGCACCACGGACACGACGGCGUGCUUGCGCACUCGACCAUCGUGAUGAACCAGCAGGAUGGCACCGUCCACAGCCCCGCCGAAGACAUCAAGGUCUGCCAGAACAUGGCUACGUCGCGCUGGAGGGUCGUGCCAGAAGGGACUGAGGGGGACCCCAGGCAGGCGCCGUCUCAACUGGGUGGCAAUGUCAUUGUUGCGGAGGGCGCCAGGAUCAAGGUCUUGUGGUCGUAUCUCGACAAUUUCCAGCCACCGCUGAGGCCGUCGCCUGAAGGCUAG